AUGCAAGGUACAAUGACGGAGGCGGCAGAUGAUCGCGAGGCGGGUGCCGCUCCGUUCUGCGACUCAGCUGACGCGAUUAAGGCUGUGUAUAAUUGUAUGUUUCGCCUCCGGGCACACAAAUUAUUGCUAGCAGACGGCGUAGAGACGUAUAUCAUUGGGUCAGGCAUGUACAAUGGGGCGGAGACAAUGAAAUGGGCCGACAAGGCAACAGAGGCACUGCUGUACUUUUCGUACCGUAACCGUAUUGUACCGCUUAUGAACGGGGCGACGACAGAUCUCUUCUGGGGAUGCAUGAUCCGGACAGGGCAAAUGAUGCUUGCUCAUGCCUUUAUGCGCUACUUUAAUGGCGGUGGACCACACAUAGGCAGUGAAAGGCUUCAGGAGUUGCGGGCAAGGACACAAACUCUUUUUUGCGACGUGCCGUCGGCGCCUUUUGGCAUCCAUGCCGUAACAUCCGAAGGAACGAAACAUGGUGUUAACUGCGGUGAGUGGUUUGGGCCAACGCCGAUAGCGAAAACGCUGAGUGCGCUGAUGGCGUCCUACUUGGCUGCGGGGGGUGAGGGCCCAGUGGUAUUGGCUUUUCCUGAGCGACAAAUUUUUUUGGAGGAGGUGAAGGAACUGCUGCGGCAGUCAACGCAUGUCGUGUUGCUCAUUCCGGUGAUGCUUGGAAUUCGUGUCAUCUCAGAGAAGUACUCGCAGCUCAUGAAGCGCUGCCUUGAAAUGGAAAGCUCGAUAGGCAUUCUUGGAGGUAAAUCUCGCUCCGCGUUAUUCCUCUUUGGUCACCAGGACGAUGAUGUGUUCUUCCUGGACCCGCAUUGUGUUCAGCCCGCCUUCACAUCGUCUGGUAGUCCGGGGGAAUUGACGUGUGCGAGGAGGGUGCUGCCCACAACGAGCUAUGAUACCUCAAUGACACUGGGAUUUUAUAUCUCUUCGCUCGAUAGUUUAGCCCUCUUUGAGAGGGACAUGGCGAGUGCAAACGAUGGUCUGACUUUCCCUCUCAUUAGUCUCUUGCCUGGUCGACCAGCGAGUGGUACGGCUGUGCAUCUCAACUUGGAGGACACUUUUUCUUCUUGA